AUGGCAAUCAUCAAUCAGAUGCGGGUAUUUGGAGAUAAUAUCACUGAUCAAACGGUCGUUGAAAAGGUGUUAAGAAGUUUAACACCACAUUUUGAUCAUGUGGUGGAAGCUAUUGAGGAGUCUAAGAAUCUCACUCAGUUAUCAAUUGAUGAACUAAGUGGAUCACUUCAAGCACAUGAAGUGAGGCUUAAUAAAUCUGCAGAAAAAUCAGAAGAAAAGGCUUUUCAAGCCUCCAAUUUAAAGCACCAUAAAAAGCCAGUAGAAAGAGGCCAAGGUAGAGGUUUCUAUAGAGCCAAGAGUCAUGGAAGAGAAAGCAAUGCAGAAUCAAACUUGUUCAUGGCAAAUAAUGGGACAGAAGAAGGUUUAGAUGAAGCAUGGUUGAUAGAUAGUGGGUGCUCUAAUCAUAUGACCGGAAAAAGAGAUUUUUUCAGUGAGUUGGAUGAAUCAAAGAGGCAAAAGGUAAAGUUGGGUGAUGAUAAAGAAAUGAUAGUAAAUGGAGAAGGGACUGUGGCUUUCACAACAUCACAAGGGCAAGUGAAUUUAUUGCACAAAGUUCACUAUGUUCCUAAUCUUGCGUAUAAUCUAUUGAGUGUUAGCCAACUAAUACUUAGUGGGUAUUCAGUCUUAUUUUCAAAUGAAACAUGCUAUAUUAAAGAUGCAGAGAUUGGGCAAUUAGUAACCAAAGUACAGAUGACAGCAAACAAAAUGUUUCCACUUGAUCUUUCAAGAAUGAAAUGUUAG